UCCCUCCAUCCCCAGUAGGAAAUAUGAUGUUAUGUGAUGGGAUCACGCGGGAGUCAGAGAAUCCGGGUAGUCAUGCGCUAAUCCGGUAUUUAAGGUCCACGGUUCGCUGCUUUUGGUGGAAAUAGAAGCAGGGGCCUGGGCGCAUAGGAAGGGAGGUUUUAAACACAGUUGACAGAGAAAGUAAUUAUAGAAGUGUUGAGGUGAUGCGAGUUCAUUUUGGAUAAAGGGUUGCCUGAAGUGCAGAUACAUAUCCAGUCGCUACAACUGACUCUAAAUCAGCCUCAGCCGUGCGUAAAAGUUUGGCAGCAUCUUUCGGAUAAUGUGGCGGUGGUGCUGCUUUUUGGUGCUCGCGGGCGCCGCGGUCGUGAGCGCCCAGUUCCCCAGAGAGUGUGUGACACCCGAGGGACUCAGGAGCGGGCAGUGCUGUCCGUCGCCCUCUGGUCUCGACAAUGACCCGUGUGGCUCCAGCUCGGGCCGCGGACAGUGCGUGUCCAUCGCGGUUGACGCGCGGCCUCACGGGCCUCAGUACCCCCACGACGGACGGGACGAUCGGGAACGAUGGCCCAUCCGUUUCUUCAACCGCACCUGUCAAUGCAACGGGAACUUCAGCGGGUAUAACUGCGGCCGCUGCAGACACGGAUGGACGGGGGCCAACUGUGACCAGCGGGUCUCUGUUGUGAGGAGAAACGUGAUGCAGCUCAGCGCGGACGAGAAGCGUGCCUUCGUGAACGCUCUGGACCAGGCCAAGCGCACGGUGCACCCGGACCUGGUGAUCACCACGCGGCGCUACCCGGAAAUUUUCGGGCCCGACGGGAACACCAUGCAGUUCGAGAACAUCACCAUCUACAAUUACUUCGUGUGGUCCCACUACUACUCUGUAGGAAAGACGUUCCUGGGCCCGGGACAGGCCAGCUUCGGGGGAGUGGACUUCUCGCACGAGGGGCCCGGUUUUGUCACCUGGCACAGGUACCACCUGCUGCAGCUGGAGAGAGACAUGCAGGAUAUGCUGCAAGACCCCUCUUUCGCCCUGCCCUACUGGAACUUUGCCAUUGGCGGAAGCACAUGUGACAUUUGCACAGAUGACCUGAUGGGAGCCAGGAGCAGUUUUGACAUGAAUUCCCUCAGUGCCAACUCCAUCUUCUCACAGUGGAGGGUCAUCUGUGAGAGUGUGGAGGACUAUGACACACUGGGAACCAUCUGCAACAGCACCGAAACGUCUCCCAUAAGGAGGAACCCGGCAGGAAAUGUCAACAGGCCAAUGGUCCAGCGUCUCCCAGAGCCCCAGGAUGUGGCAGACUGUCUGCAGGUUAACACCUUUGACACACCACCAUACUACUCCACGUCCUCCGAAAGCUUCAGAAACACAGUUGAAGGCUACAGUGCCCCCCAGGGAAACUAUGACCCUGUGGUUAGGAGCCUCCACAACCUGGCCCAUCUGUUCCUAAACGGAACAGGAGGGCAGACCCACCUUUCACCCAAUGACCCCAUCUUCGUCCUACUCCACACCUACACUGACGCCAUCUUUGAUGAAUGGUUGAGGAGACACAGUCCAGGUUCGGCGGUGUAUCCUGAAGAAAAUGCCCCCAUUGGUCACAACAGGGGCUACAACAUGGUGCCUUUCUGGCCUCCAGUGACUAACGCUGAAAUGUUCGUGACUGCCCCUGAAAAUCUUGGUUAUUCUUAUGAAGCUGAAUGGCCAGGUCAAGCUUUCACUCUGACUGAAAUCAUCACCAUGGCAAUAGUUGCUGCCCUUGUGAUUGUUGCAGUCAUUUUUGCCGCCACAACAUGUGCCGUGCGUGCCAGGUCUUACAAGAUGGAGGGUCAUCAGCCUCUGCUCGGGGAUCAGUACCAGCGGUACGACGAUGACAAAAGCCAAUCUGUUGUCUAAGAUCUCUUGUUUCAACAUGAGCCUCACUCAUGUGCCUCCUCUCUUUACUUUUGUGAUGGCACAGCUGAAUCUGUCUGAAUCUGUUCUCACCAGGAAACAUGGGGAUUCUUGAGAGUCAUAUUUAUCCCUGUAUCAAAAAUUGGUAUAGUUUAUUUUCUUUACAAACAGUGCAGAUGCAAAUAGUUUACUUUCACAUUUCCCUUAUGAACAUAAGUCACUCAUUUAGCAUCAGAUUAUAUAAUGGAAAGGUAAAAAUACAUGCAGUUGUCUUUAAGGGUAUGGCUUUGCAAAAAAUAGCAGAGGUUGUCUCUUUGCAAUUUUCUGAUUUCUGGAAAAUUUGCAAACAGAAAAUAAGUUCAAAUAAAGUGAACAUGAACAAAUGAAAUGUUGGUGUGAUAGCAGUGCCACUAGAUGGUGCUCAACUCUGAUUCUAGUCAGGCUUUUAAAACGUAUCUAAGUAUCAGCAUGUCUAUGUAGGGCCCUGUGAAGGUAAGUGUUUGAUGGUUCACUUUGAGGGUGAUCAGGUGUAAAGAAUGCUUAUUCUGAUAAGUGAUUAAGAAUUUUGUGCUUUUUUCAAACACAUUUAAAGUAAUGGAAAGGGUAAUACAAGAGUAAUACAUGCAACAUAAUUUAAACAUAAACAUCUAAAAGUUUUACCAUGUUUGUAGACUAUAGCUCCUCCUAUGUUUAUCUGAUUUCACAGUCACAGUAGUUUAGUUUAGAUGUAUAACAAUGAAGCAAGUGGGGCAAGUGGAUUGACAAUUUUAAGUGCACAAUGCACUGCCAAUGUAAUAGCCACAGUACCCACAAGAGGGUGCAGUAGUUCAAUCUCUCAAACUGCCAGUACAGUGCUUAUUAAGAGAUAUAUGCUUUGUAUUUUUUUAUGAUGUUUUAAGAAAAAGUGAUCCAUGUGACCUGUAAUGUUGUUAAUAAUGAAUGAAGGUAAUUUACAAAGUAAAUUCUAAAAAAGGGGGUGAUGACUGAGAAGAAAUGUUGGGAAAUGCAGAGAGUCAACAGGUUGUGAUCCUGAGACCUUACUGAACUGUGUACUCACAGGAUAUGCAGCUUGUAUUCUGUCUUUAUUUAACUAAAUUUGUAUGAUAAGGUCAUUAAUGCUUUUCUGUUUUUGCAUUUCUACUUUUGCUAAAUUGUUACUGGAUCUGGAUGCAUGCCAAAUUAUUUAAAUGAUUCAGUCUAAUGCCUACACAUAAUGAUUGUGUUACACUUUGCACUGACAUUCCUAUGGUUAAAAUAAAUACACUAAAAUAUG